AUGACCGGAGUGUUUGACAGAAGAGUGCCAGCCAUCCGAUCCGGAGACUUCCAAGGUCCUUUUCAGACGGCUGCAGCCACCAUGCACGGGCACCCGCCGCAGGAGUCUCCCACUUUGCCCGAGUCGUCCGCCACGGACCCCGACUAUUACAAUUCCCCCGGAGGAGCCCCGCACGGCUAUUGCUCGCCUUCGUCGGCUUCCUACGGCAAAGCGCUCCAUCCUUACCAGUACCAGUACCAGGGCAUGAACGGAACCGCCGCCAGCUACCCAGCCAAAGCCUAUGCAGACUACAGCUACGCCAGCCCUUACCACCAGUACGGCGGCGCGUAUAACCGGGCGCAGAGCGCAGCCAGCCAGCCAGGUGAGAGGCGCCGACGGGGAGAGGGCUGGAGGCGGGGGCGGAUGGCUAGGAAGAUGCCCGAGGAGGGGUCUCCUCCUCGCGAUCUGGGAGUCACCCAGGACCCUUCUGGUGACGGGGACAGUUUGACCCCCAGCCCACCCGAUUCCCCCCCCCAAAUCUGGGCUGGGGGGCGACGAAGGAGGUUCACAGCCUCUCCUUCGUGCAAAAAAAUUAUGCCUCGUUCCCGGUUGAAAAGCCAGAGAGAGGCGGAAAGAGAAACCAUUCAAUCUGGAUUCUUUGUUGUCUCCAACUCCGGACUGGGACGCAAUACAUUGAGAGGAAUGGGAACAGGGGCUCCGACAUUGAGUGUGUGUGUGUGUGUGUGUGUGUGUGUGUGUGUGUGUGCGUCCCUUCCCAGUAAUAGAAAGCCACGGUAAGUAGCUGUGGCGGGGAGGGGGUAGGCAAGAUUUCUACCCUCCCGCACACAAGUUUUUAUUGCAAAGGGCAGGGCGACGUCGGCGGCACCCCGCGAAGACAGGCCGAGUUUUGGGGGGGAAACACAGCAAACGUGUGGGGAGAGGGAAGGGGAAGGAUCUGAUCUUGUGGCUUCUUUCUUUCUCCCCACCUCCCUCCCCCACCAAAACAGCCCUCGCCCGAAGAGUCUUGCUAAUAUUAGCUUCCAAAAUGGAAUGAGGGAUUAAUCCCACACACGGAGACGCGCGGUUAAACUGUUUCCGUGUGGGUUCCACAAGAAGCAAACUCAGGGAAAUCCAGGGCUAGGCAGGAACAGCUCAAAUCCUCGUCUCUCCUCCAUGCCCCCCCUUCAUUUAAAAAACAAAACAAAAACACCGUUGUGGAACAGACUUAUCCAAUGCGAUCCCGGAACAAUUUCAGCUGAAUGCACGAAGCCUCUCAAAUCCAUGUUUUGCUGUGUUUCAAACUCUCUGAUUUUUCAGACUAUAUAUAUAUAUAUAUAUAUAGUCUGAAAAUAUAUGAAUGAGAAAUAUUUUUUGCUUCCACCCCCUCGCCCUAUUGCCUCUCCUGCUUGCGCGUGAGUGUACAUUUCUUGAGAUACGUUGUUUGUCGCUCCCAUCAAAGGCGAGGGGAAAUGCCAGUGGCGCGUUAAGUAUUUGUAAAAGGAACCAGACGCAUCUGUGCCGCUUCUCCCUCUCUCUCCCACCAACCCCCGAUCGGCGGCGAGAUUAUUCUGAAUAAUCGGCUCUCUGUCUGGGCCGGAUUUGGCUACUUUCGGCUGAAACGGAGGAGAACCGUUUUCUUGUGGCGAUGCGGCCUUUGAACUCCCUAGACCUCAAAAUUGCGUGUCCCUAGUCUGCAGAGCUUGGGCUGGACUGAAUUCAUGAGGCUUCCAUUCAAAUGGAGAGAGGAAGAGGGAGACUGUCUGCUUGUUUCCAUGCAUGAAAAAUCAAUAGACACUGGAUUGUGACCUAAAGACGCCCGGGAACUUUGCUGCUUGUUAGGUUUUUUUAUUACGGGAAGACAAAAUGGUAAAAUCUAACCUGGGUCCCUUCCUCUCUCUCUUUUACGAAAACCGAGGAGCCAAAUGCCCCAUGGGGAAAUAAAAUAUAAAAUAAUAUUUCGGUAGCAACCUGGGUGCUGUUUAUAUCCUCUCUCAAACUCACUCACUCCCAUCUAACACAUAGAAGCACUCCAAACAAUCUUCCCUUUGCAAGAAAUAGUCACGACGGCUGUUCCUACCAGGUCAGUUUCCCUCUCCCCCCGCCCUCCCACGUCCCAAUUUUCCAGGGGUCUCUCGCGCUUGUUUGUCAACUUCGCGGCCGCCACGUCGGGGUCAGGGCUGCGAUCCUGGCCUGCCCACCUAGGUGCGGGCUCCUUCCUGUAUUCUGCCGCUGGCGUCCUCUGCCCCAGUUCUAAGCUUCCUUUCUGAUUUCCUCCCCGCUCCGAUUGUUUAGAAAAAGAGGUGGCUGAGCCGGAGGUGAGGAUGGUGAACGGCAAACCAAAGAAAGUGCGCAAACCAAGGACUAUUUACUCCAGUUUUCAGCUGGCGGCCUUGCAGAGGAGGUUCCAGAAAACCCAGUACUUAGCCCUGCCGGAAAGAGCCGAGCUGGCCGCGUCUUUAGGCCUGACGCAGACACAGGUAAGGCCAGGUGGGAAGGAAGGGCGACCCUGGACAUAAAAAAACUAUCCAGAUCCUUCGCAAUAAUUCCUACUUGAGCGGGACCCACCCGUUCCCUGGACAUAAAUACUAUGUAAAUUCUUUGCAAGAAUUCCUGCUGGAGGAAGAGUCUAAAGUAUGUUUCUGAGGGGCCUUAUUUCCCUGGCUCCUGUAUACAGAAUGUAUAGAUAUACACACUCAAAUUCGGGUUAUUUCUCUUUUUGUACCUUGGGGUAAGGCCAAGAGGGCGCACGGUGCAGGAGUUUUUUGCUGCUGCUUCCUUCCCUUUUUGCUCUGCGGUGCCUUUCUCUUUAGCUCUGUCCCCAAAUCUUGCUUGCAAGAUUGCAGUGGCCUUUAACUCCCACGCAAGCAUUUGCUUACUUUUUAGAAAAGUUUAUGAGAUUGAAUCCGAUGGGGCCGGGUUGGGCGGGGUGGGGUGGCGGGGGUCAGUUGUUUUGGUGAGGAUCGGGUGAGAGAGAUCUUCAAGUGCGCACCAGGCUCGCGGAUUGCGAAAGCGCACCGGCUUGCGGCGGAGAAGACCGUGAGCCUGCCUUCCAUCUCGCCCUGUUGACGACGCGCAGUAUUUUUGUUUUGUGUCUCUUUUAACUGUAGCUGGAGGCUUUCGCUCUCUCUCUCUCGAUCUUGUCGCACAAAAGAUUGGAGCGGAGGGGGAUGCGGGGGGAGAGAAACCGCACGUGGGUGGAUCUCCUGCGUUAGGAGCUUGCAAAGUGCAGCUGGACCCGGGAGGGGCUGCUUGUCAGACCAUUUCGGUGCAAAGGGGGAAAAGAGUCUUUUGUGUAAAAGCAGGUUAUCUCGGGAUUGGGCUGGUAUUGUUGCGCUGGGGCGGGUGUGGGGAGGCUGUUGCGUUGGGAACACAAAACCGACUGCAGCGAGAACAAAAGCACUCGUGCGCGCACUCACCCACUGAGUAAUGUAGGAGUUAGGAUCUGCUGCUGGUCCUUGGCAGACCAUAAUCAAGACAGCCGUCGUGUCCUCGAGGCUCCCCGCCCCGCUUUAGCCUUUGUUCCUUUUGCUUUUCUUUAAUUGAGAAUAAUAUUAAUUUUUAAAAAAGAAAUCCCUUAGGCAGCUGCCGCAGGGGUUUUUUUUGGGGGGGGGGCAGGCCUGAUGUCCCAAAAAUCAGAGGCCAAGGAGUGUCUGGGUUUUAGCAUCCUCAGAGUCCAGAUCCUGCUUUUCUGGUGGCCCAAGAGAGGCCCGAUCUAGCAUGUGAGCUCAUGAUGAUCCCUACUGUAAAUAUUAAAGUAGAUGGGGCAACUAGACUCUGGGAUCUUCCUUGAUUCCAUUGCUGGCGGCUCCCCUCUAGGAUCGCCUUGCAAGUGCCAUUUGAAUCCUCGGGGCCUGUUUCACCGUCCCUGCCGUUUCCAUGGAAAUCGUUUCCUUGGGAGUCCAACACAUCGCAGCCCCCCGGACUGACCUGCGCGCACAGGGCACGCAUAGAUUUAGAGUGAGACCUCCUUGUGCUUUUGAAGCAAAAACGAGAAUGAAAUCAAGGCGUCCAAAUAAACGUCCGUGGGUUGUUUUAUUAAAAAAUGGGUUUAUUUCCUUCUUUCUUGUCACCCAUUUAUUUAUUUUCUUUCCCUCUUUUUCUUUCUUUCCUUCACUUCCCUCUUCUUUCCCCCCCCUCCCUCUUCCUUCAGGUGAAAAUCUGGUUUCAGAACAAAAGAUCGAAGAUCAAAAAGAUCAUGAAGAAUGGCGAGAUGCCCCCGGAGCACAGCCCUAGCGCCAGCGACCCCAUGGCUUGCAACUCCCCGCAGUCUCCCGCCGUGUGGGAACCGCAGGGCAGCGCCAGGUCUCUGAGCCACCAUCCCCACGCCCACGGGGCCAACUCCAACCCGUCGCCCGCCGCCACUUACCUGGAGAACUCCUCGUCCUGGUAUUCCAGCGGUAACGCUCUCAGUGGUCACCUGCAGCCCCACGGCUCUCUACAGCACCCCUUAGCUCUGGCUUCUGGGACAAUCUACUAG